CGGGCGCCCCGGGGCCGGGGUGAGAGGGGCCGGGCCGGCAGGGAGGGUCUCGCCCCCCGCGCCCCCAGGCACAGGCAGAGGCCUGGCAGCUUCGCCCGGGGAGAGGUCGUGGCGACCCGUAGAGCCUCACCUCUCGGCAGGCCCACGCCCACUUCGGGCUCCCCGGCCCUCCUUGUGGGCCUGGUACCCUGACCCUCAUGUCCCUCGCCCAGCGGGGAAACUGCCACCUGAGAGGGAAGAAUGGAGCUGAACCGCUUCUUGGAGCUUGUUUUUCGCAUCAAGAAUGCAAUGACCCGCGAAGUCUCACUAGGCUUAGAUUCACAUAGUCAUUCUCUUUAACCCGCGAAGAAGCACGUGCGGACUUGAUCUCCUUGGCACCUCUUGACAGCCUUUGCUAUAAAAUCCCGCUUCUCUUGCAGAGAAGAUGGAAGGCCCGAGUAGGAGCGCAGGACGGGGAGGGACGCCGGCACGUGCUUCUGCAUGAGCGCGGUGCCCAUGGCUCAGAGCGGUUCCUAACUCGGUCUCCACAGCCCGCCUCCCCUGCAGCUGAGCAUGCCGAGGCCUAGGAGGCAUGAGUGACCUGCCCGGCGCCCCCGGCUCGCCGGGCCUCAGCCUCUGACCCGGCCCUCUGGACUCUGGCCCGGCGGGCUGUUUCUCCGCGGCCGCGUGUACCAACAGAGUGGCGUCGGACCAACGUCCUCUCUUUCCUCUCAGGAUGUGAAAGGGGCAGAAAGACAAAGAACCGCCUCUCUGCACAUCCCUCCCCGUCUGCUAGAAUGUUUCUCAUGAACGCCCCUCCUGUGGUUGCUCUCCAGUCAAAAUGGGAGGCCUUUGGCACACCGGGGGGCUUUAGGUUUCCCGGGUGCUUCUCGGAGCCGAAAGAGGGCGUCUCGAGAGCUUCGGUGAGUGCCAAAGUGCAGAUGGUCAUCAGCACGCUCCAGAGGGACGAGGCUGCUCUGGGCAUGAGCGAUGAGCUUGCCCUGCAGAGAAGCCAGAGGGCAGAGAAGGGCCGGGACACAAGGCCGGCCGCCACCCCUGCAUUUGCUGCCUGUGGUCUCGGUGCUGAUUUUGUUCCCUCGAGGGAGGAGGAGGCUGCAGACUUUGGCCCCUUGGUGCUGGAUUCGGACAGUGACGACUCGGUGGACCGGGACAUUGAGGAAGCGAUCCAGGAGUACCUAAAGGCCAAGAGCGGGGCCGCCCAGCCACCUGGGGCCACAGAUGGGGGCAGGCGGUCCAAACCAGAAGUUCCUCUGAGUAGUGCCCCAACUGCCCCGUGUCCCCCGAAGUUUGCACCCAGCUCAGGAGGCGCCCCUGGCAGCCACGUGGGAGCGGGCCAGGACCGGGGCUCCGCCUCCCCGGUUAGCGUUAGCAGUGACGACUCCUUCGAGCAGAGCAUCCAGGCGGAGAUCGAACAGUUUCUGAACGAGAAAAGACAACAGGAGACCCCAAGAUGUGAUGUUUCCGUGAACACGAAACCAGACCCCAGCGAUAAUGCAGCCAGAUCAGCAUUUAGAUCCAGCAAAGAGCCAAUGGCCAAGGCACAUCGGCAGGAAGUGAUGGGACCCUGCAAGGACUUUCUCUUCCGGAAACCUCCCAGGCUAGCGAAGGUGAGCACACGGCCCCGUGGCCUCAGGUCCAAGGCCACUGCUGAGCCGGAGAGUGCGGACGGCGCGAAGCCAGCCACUGCUGCUGGCCGUCCUGCAGAAGCAGCCCAGAAUAAAGGUGCGGUCAGGAGGAGCGCCGGGCGGAGGACGAAGCGAGCCAAGAGCACAGCCCUGGUGUGCAAGGCGUCCGGCUCCAGCAGUGACGAUGGCAUUGAGGAGGCCAUCCAGCUGUAUCAGCUGGAGAAGAGGAAGGAGGCGGGCAGAGACCCGCCGCAGAGAACGCCACUCGGGGAGGGGAAGGGGCCCGACCCUCCGGCACACAGCGCAGGCCACUCCACGAAAGGUGCUUUGCCCGAAACCCAUAGGAAGACACCAGGCAGGAAGAAGCAGGUGGCCCCGAAGGCCGUGGACCUCAGCCCGGGUGGCCCUGACCACCCCUCCAAGCCACCCAGAGAUCCCAGAGCUGCCGAAAACGAGCUUGUGGAUCGGCCGCCGUGCCGGGCAGACACGUCUGCUGAGCUCAUGUGCGCCGAAGCAAUCUUGGACAUUUCUAAAACCAUCCUGCCGGCCCCCGCGGGGGGCAGUGAGAGACCCCCGCCUGCCAGCCCGCUCUCCUGCCCCCUAACCGUGCCUUCCUGCUGCGACGGGGACAGCAGCUCUGUGGACAGCAAUGACAGCAUAGAGCAGGAAAUCCGGACAUUCCUGGCUCUGAAGGCUCAGUCGGGGGCUUGGCUGGCCCGAACGGAGAGCUGCCCGCAGACCACACUGAGCCCAGUGCCGCCACCUGGCCCUAGGGUCCCCGGCUCUAAAACGCUGGGCCUGUCGCUGAGCUGCAAAAGGAAACGCAAAGGAGGCAGCCACGCUGUGCCACCAUCCACACCUAAGAAAGCUAGAGAGACGGCGCAGGAGGGCGCCCGGGAUGCCGACCACAGCCCCGUGAGCACACAGCCUGGCCAGGCCCCCAGGGCGGAAAGCCAGACCAGGGGCCAGCCUCUCCCCUGCAGGCCGCUUGAGCUGGGUGACCAGCACGGUGGCCCUGACACCAGAGGCAGCGUGUGGCCCGGCCAUGGGAAGGCAGCCCCAGCCAGAAGCGCCGGUGAGCGGGGGAGCUCUGAGGACAAGAGCAGCUCCCUGGACAGCGACGAGGACUUGGACACUGCCAUCAAGGACCUGCUGCGGUCCAGGCGGAGGCUCAAGAAGAGGUGGAAGGACCCCAGGGCCGCGUGCAAGAGGAAGGUCAGGUUCAGCACCACUGAGCCCCAGUUCUUGGAUAAACUAGGCAGCUUCCGGAAAGACUGGAAGGACAGAAGCCCCCAUCUGUUGAAAAGCUGCCUCUCAAAGCCCAGAAAGGACAGCAGGGAGAACCUGGCGAAAAAGCCUUUGAGCGUCUCCUGCAGAGACACAGAGAGAACCAGGACCGAUGGCGCCAGCCCCAGGGAUGCGCCCCCCGCCCCCCAGCUCAGGAGAAAAGCCUCCGAAGGGAAUCCGUUCUGCCGUGAAGCCGACGCCUGUGAACUUCAAGGUGCAGCCCCCAGCUCCCAGCCUCCGCCCGAGGACAGCAGCUCCGUGGACAGUGAUGACAGCAUCGAGCUGGAGAUCAGGAAGUUCCUGGCCGAAAAGGCCAAGGAGUCCGGGAGCAGCUCAGAAGCCCCAGGAGGGGGCCCAGCCACCCCGGGGACGGGGAGCAUGCCCAGGCCGGAGCUGCCGUGCCGGAAGGGGCCAGCACCCGCCCUGGCCCUUCACCCCGGUGUGUGCACGCGGAGCCAGCGGGGCAGGGGCGGGCCUCAGCCGGCCGGAGGCCUGGGGGACGCGGGGAGAGCCUGCCUUCCGGGCGGGAGGGGCGGCCCCCGCGCAGAGCAGGCCUGCCUCCCUGCAGCCAGGGCCAGCCGCACCAGCGUGGCGGGGGCCCUGUAUGCCAAAGGGCCGGCUGCUGGCCGGCGACUGGUUUGCACUCACAAGGAUCAGAGCCCGAGAGGGACCGAGCAUGCCAGGGAACAUGCUGUCGGCUCGCUGGCCUCUCGAGCUCAAGCGGGCACCUGGGCAGAAAGCGCCAGCGUGGGCUUUGCUGUGACCACACGGGGCCAGAGCCCGCGGACUCGGAAGCCGGGAGCAGACGGGCUGGGGAGCCCCCAGGCUGGCCUUGCCCUCCCGUGGGCCGACUUUGCCCACCAGAGUCGGCUGCAGAGCACGUGGGCGCUGAGCUCGGAAGGCAGGGAGGCUGUGUGGAGAGGGAGCCUCGGGGGCCAGAGAGACCAGGGGCCGGAGGGCCAGGACCCCAAGAAAGGCCUGCCCUUCACAGGCUUCUCCUCGCUGCUCUCCACACAGCUAUUCCACUUUGGAAAGAGUGCCUCCUGGGGGGGCAAGCAGGCCAGUGUCUUCAGCCCGCCCCUGAGUCUGCCCCUGCAGGGCCCAUCCUUCUCGGCCUUCAGAGAGACCCCGGCUGGCCACAGUCCCGUGUUUGGAAGCUCGCACCUGCUCGCGAAGAAGGAGGGGGGACACUGGCCCGGCCGGAAGUCCCAGGCGGCUUGCACUCUGCACGCCAGGAGGAACUCAGGCUCUGAGGAGGACGUUCUAGACCUGAGGUACAGGCGGAGGGCCAUCAGUGGAGGCGACGAGGCCCAGGACGCCUUGGGCAGUGAGUCCAGUGAGCUCAGUGACACCUCCGUGGAGGAGGGCGGUGGCCCGGGGGCCACGGGCAAAGCCCUCCAGCCGUGAGGACGCUCGCUGGCUCCGUCUUCAUGGGAAGCAGACAGACACGCGUGUAUCCGUGUGUGCGCGUGACGCUCACCACCCCGGGACAGAAACCGGAGGCCACUCUGCACCGCCCUGUACAUACUACGUCCACUGGGAGCCAUGGUGUUAUUUAACGAAUGUGUCCUGGAAAAUAUGAUUUUUGUAGCUUUUUUGUAAAUUAUUUAAAGUGCUGUAAAAAAUAUUUUUGGAAAAUACAGUUGUUCGGUUUUGUAGGGCCUGCCUAAAGGCAGCUUUCCACGGCAUCCGGGUGAGUGUUAGACGAGCAGACAUGUGACCCCAGCUCUGAUAGUUUGGGGCGAUUGCUGCUGGGAAGGUGGCAGUGGCCACCGACCCGCCCCGAGAAUCACAAAGGCGCCCGCAGAGGUCUCCGCUGGGAAGCUGCCGGUCAGCACCUGUGACAUUGGGGCCCCCGGGCCCGCGAGGCCAGAGCGAGGCUUCUGGACGCUACACUUGCAAGACAUCUCAAAGCACAAAGGCCAGCAAGCACACAGACUGGCCGACCCCUGUUGCACGUGGAAAUGCCCCGGGAGGCCUCGGCAGCCCGCCCAGUCCACACCCAGCCCGUGGUGUUCCACGCCCAGCCCAGCGCGACCCCCGCGGGAUUCUAGUAGCUCAAUAAAGCUCUUUUUCUAUGGGA